UGUGCGUGUGUGUUUACAGAGAAACAGAGUGAGCACAGGAGAAGAGUUUGCGGUGCCUUAAUGGGAGUAUGUCUCUUAGGAAUCCACCAUAUGAACCCCCCUCUGUCUCAGAGCUGCAGGAGUUCCUGCUGGCAGACAGACGGCCCACCGGACAUGUCAAUCAAGUCUGGCCAAACCUGUACUUAGGCAACGAGGUGGCGGCUCGUGACAAGGGCACUCUCCAAAGUCUGGGCAUAACUCACAUUGUAAAUGCUGCUCAUGGACCCCACAACCCCGGCCCCUGUUUCUACGUCAACACAGGCCCACGUUUCUACAGAGACAUGACGGUGGAUUAUUAUGGGGUGGAGGCUGAUGAUGCAAUAGAGUUCAUCCUUAGUCCUUUCUUUUACCCGACAGCACGAUACAUCAGAGCUGCACUGACCAUGGGAGGACGUGUGUUUGUCCACUGUCUGAUGGGUGUGAGCCGCUCUGCAACACUGGUCCUGGCCUUCCUAAUGAUUAUCGAGGGCCUGAGGCUGCAGGAGGCGGUGGCUGCCGUCAGGCCGCACAGAGACAUCUGUCCUAACCCAGGCUUCCUGCAGCAGCUCCGACGCCUUGACAUGAGCCUGGAGAGGGAAAGAAGGAGGAGGCAACAACAGGCCCAAAUGCUGUAAAGACACAAACAGAC